AAGAAAAUCUAAGUAAGAAUGGAAGAAGUAAAGCUAAUAGGAUUUUCGACUAGUCCAUAUGUUUACAGAGUUAUAUGGGCACUAAAACUCAAGGGUAUCAAAUAUGAAUAUGUUGAAGAGGAUAUAUUCAACAAGAGUGAUAUGCUUUUGAAGUACAACCCUGUCCAUAAGAAGGUUCUUGUGCUUGUUCAUGGUGGGAAACCCAUCGCAGAAUCCAUUGUCAUUCUUGAGUACAUUGAAGAGACUUGGCCACACAACCCCUUGCUUCCAGAUGAUCCUCAUGAGAGAGCUGUGGCUCGGUUCUGGGCAAAGUUUGGAGAGGAUAAGAAAAACAAUUUUUCUGGAUACUUUGUAACUAGCGGAGAACAACAAGUGAAAGCAACAAAAGAAAUGAAAGAACUUCUGGGAAUCCUAGAAGAGCAUGGUCUUGGGGAGAAGAAGUUUUUUGGUGGCAAUAACAUAGGACUGGCUGACUUAGCCUUUGGAUGGAUAGCUUGCUUUCUGGAAAUCACUCAAGAAGCAGCUGGGGUCAAAGUGCUGGAUGCUGAUAGCUACCCUCGCUUACAGGCAUGGAUCAAAAACUUCAACGAAAUUCCAGCCAUUAAAGAGAGCCUUCGCGAUCGCAAUGAGCUGUUGACGUAUUUCAAGUGGCUAAGAGAACACUUUGUCUCCUCAGCAGCAUCAUAAACAUAUUAAGCACUAGCUACUAGCAUCAGCUUGUGUGCUCUCUCAUUCUCUGAAUCCAUUUCUCAAGAUAUGUUAUUCUAAAAAUAAGUUUGCGUGUCUAAUUUAAAAAAAAAAA